UGCACUCAGUGUAUUCGUGGCACUCUCCCCAGCCUGUUGCAGGAGUGGCCAGGCUGGGUGUGAUCACAAGGGGGGGGGGGAUGCUUUACAUUUUGCACAACCCACAAACUGAGUGAGUUUCUUUGGAACGUCUAACUAAGCCCAUUCAGCUACACUGUAGCACUUACUAUUGGCUAGACUUUGCGGGAAAGCUCUGCAGGGAUACUAGUGUUUGCAAGUCCGGCUCAGUACUUGCAGUCUGCACUCACAGCCCUGGCUCAUCAGCAUCAUGUCUAACCCAAGACACAGGAACAAGAGCAACUCUGCAGACAACAGCUCCCAGACCGCUGCAAAUGACGUGGCAAAGAAGAGCAAUAAAUCCAGUAAAGGAUCUUCAUCAUCCUCCUCUUCAGGGGCUGCAUCUGGUGUAUUUAAGAAACUUUUUACCUUUGUGCUUUAUGCAGGUUUGAUAGCAGUGUCUGCCUGCACUGGCUGGUUUGUGUAUAAUCUCUUGGAGGAAGUCUCCCAAAUUAACAGCAAACUCAGUCACCUAUCCUUGCAGAAGGGUGAACUGGCUGAAACAGUGAACAAUCUCCAAAAACAGGUGGAGAUACUUCAUAAAACAGUAGGACGUGUGGAAUUCAUCUCAAAAGACAUCCAAGAAAAACAGCUAUUACAUGACACAUCCAUUAAGAAAAGUGAAAAAGAAUUGGAUCAAGUUGGAGUGAUUCUUAAAAAACUGCAGAAAGAUUUGUCUAAUGUUAUCCAAGAUGUCACGGCUCAAGGGGACCGAGAUUUAAUUCAGUUUGAAAAAACAAUGAGUGAAAAAUUUACUGAGCUGAACAACUCAAUUAAUGAGGAUAUUAUUGAAAUUACCAAGGUACAGAAAUCAUGCCAAGAUGAAAUUAAUAAUGUGAAAGCUAAACUAACUUCUCUAGGAGAAUUUGAUUCAAUUAAGGAUGAAUUGAGGUUACUAAAAGAUGUUACAUCUCAGUUGCAAACAUCGUAUACUGCUAAAGAGGCCUCCAUUGAAUGGCUGAUGAACAAUGCAUUAAAUGUAGAGUCUAUUACAGCUAACACCAAUGAAAUUGCACUGAUUAGACUUGAGCAUGAUGACUUUAAAAAAGAUCUGGAAGCCCAAGUAACCAAAAUUGAAGACAUUAAAGAAAAGAUCUUGAAAAUCGAAGAUUCUGAUGUGAAGUCUGCGCUAGAGAGACUUGACAAUGAAUUUGACCAAAUCUCCUCUUCUGUUGCAGAGAUGGAAAACAAUUAUGUCUCUGCAAACAAUGAUCUACUUAAAGAGAUUAAAAUAAAUAGAGAUGAUUUCGAGUUACGACUAGGUCCUCUAGAAAGUCUUAUGGAAACUGUGAAGGGAUCUCAGCAGUUGGAAACAAUAGAAUCAUUUAAAACCAGCUUUGAUGAAUAUAACAGAAGGUUGAAUGCUGUUGAAGAAGCCUAUUCUGGUCUCAAAAUAUCAGCUAGUUCUGGAGAUGCAGAAACAUCUGAAACCUUAUCAAGUAUCCAAGAAAGUCAGCAAAAUCUAUCCAAGGAUGUUGAUGAAUUGAAGUCUAUUGUAGCUCAAAUUCCAGUUAAGGCGUCUGAGUUUGAGAGACUCCAAGUGGAGGUCACUAAUAUGCUUGAGGGACACAGGAGUCAAAUAGAAGAUUUGAAGGACAAUUAUGACCAAUGGAAAAGCAGCAUAGAUGAACUUAGGAGUAAAGUUAGCACAUCUGAUAAUUCUGAACAAGUCUCCAGUGAUGCACUAAGUUCCUCUGUGAACAAGCUGGAAACGGACUUGAAGAUGUUAAGGACAGCUGUGGACAGUUUGGUAGCAUAUUCUGUCAAAAUUGAAACCAAUGAAAAAGAAUUGGGAUCCAUGAAAGAGUCUCUUGAAGACCUAAAGCAAAGUACUGAUCGGUUGUUAGUUAAAUUAGAACAGAUACAAGAGGCGGUAUAAGUGCUUGGUUUGUAGAGGAAAAGAAUGUAGUAUUUUUUUCAAGCUUUUUUUGCAUUUGUUUUGGGUUUCAAUAAACUAUUUUUUUCUUGUUUUCUGUAUA